AAAGCAUCCGUCAAGGUCAGUCGGAAAUUGCAUGUAAACAUUAAUGUUUUUAUUUAAGAAAGUAUUAGUUAUAAACGAGUUAUUGAGGUAUUUUUAAAAGUAUUUUAGGCUCAUACACAACUUAAAAGCCAAAAAUAAUGGCUCAUUCUGGGGUAGUACCUGCUGGUAAACGAAAAGAAAUAUAUAAAUACCUAGCCCCAUGGCCGUUAUACAGCAUGAAUUGGUCCGUAAGACCCGACAAAAGGUUUCGCCUGGCUCUGGGCAGUUUUGUGGAAGAAUACAACAAUAAAGUGCAAAUUGUGUCUUUGGACGAAGAAAGUAGCGAGUUCACGGCUAAAAGCACGUUCGACCAUCCUUACCCAACCACCAAAAUCAUGUGGAUACCCGACAGUAAAGGAGUUUUCCCUGAUUUAUUAGCUACAAGUGGGGAUUAUCUGCGAGUGUGGAGGGCAGGAGAGCCCGAUACGAGGCUGGAGUGCGUUUUGAACAACAACAAAAACUCGGACUUCUGCGCGCCUCUAACGAGCUUCGAUUGGAAUGAAGUCGACCCCAAUUUGGUGGGGACGUCGUCCAUAGACACCACCUGCACCAUUUGGGGGCUGGAAACGGGCCAAAUUAUGGGCAGAGUCAACUUGGUGUCGGGCCACGUGAAAACUCAGCUGAUAGCCCACGACAAAGAGGUGUACGAUAUCGCGUUCUCCAGAGCCGGGGGCGGGAGGGAUAUGUUCGCCUCCGUGGGGGCGGACGGGUCCGUCAGGAUGUUCGAUUUACGUCAUUUGGAACAUUCCACCAUCAUAUAUGAGGACCCCGCGCACACGCCUUUGCUACGGCUCGCGUGGAACAAACAGGACCCCAACUACUUGGCCACAAUAGCCAUGGACGCUUGUGAGGUGAUAAUUUUGGACGUUAGGGUGCCGUGCACCCCCGUUGCCAGACUUAACAACCACAGGGCGUGCGUGAACGGUAUCGCGUGGGCCCCGCAUUCGAGUUGUCACAUUUGCACGGCUGGCGACGACCAUCAGGCCCUAAUAUGGGACAUUCAGCAAAUGCCCAGGGCUAUCGAGGACCCAAUUUUGGCUUACACCGCUGCCGAAGGCGAGGUCAACCAAAUUCAGUGGGGCGCCACCCAGCCAGACUGGAUCGCCAUCUGUUAUAAUAAGUCCUUGGAGAUUUUAAGAGUGUAGGAUUAUUUUUGUUUUAAUUGAAAUGGUCCAAAAUGGCUUAUUUUGAGUUUUUAUGUCAUUUUUUCAAAACCAGACCACCCAUAUAAGAAAAAAAAGUAUGUGUUGUCAUCAUGGUUGAUGUAAUUUCAAAUAAUUCUUUUCUAUAUUUUACCAAUUAUUUUUUUCAACAUAAAGCCUAUUUUUAAUAUUAGAAUGUUUAUUAUUUUUAAAAUUGAAUUUUAUUAAAUUUAUUUUUCUUUCUAUCUUAUAUUAUAUUUUUAGGACCUUUAAGUACAGGUUUUAAUUAACUAUUUGACUUGAAAAAACAGGGUGUCCCAAAUUUAGGGGGCCAAAGUUAAACUGUGCAAUCUGCAUAUAAAAAAUACUAGUUUGUGUAAUAUACAUGUAUCCCCCUGGAAAAAGGAAUAAAAGUGAAAAUUAACAUUCUGAAUCUAUUUUUUCCAUUGGCUUCUUAAUUUUGGGAUUCCUGUAUAUAAUACUUAUCUAUUAUGUAAUGGUGGACCCAUGUAAAUAUUUAUUUAGAAUCUUAGUUCUAGAUGUAGACUUUUUCUUUUUUAGAAUUGUACAUUUAUUUAGAUUUUACAAUAAGUGUAGAUAUAGCUUCAUAUUAUUUAUUUCAUCAUUUUUUUUUCAUUACAGCAUACAUAACCAUAUAAUAAAAAAUAUAUAGCAUUUAUAUACUGAAGUAAUCGUAAGUCUAUGUAUUCUUUGUGAUAUUUGUUUUUAUACAACAACCAAAAAACAACUGUAAAAUUUUAA